AUGGACUCAGCUUCAUGGCAGGCAGUGUUGGGAGCGCAAGCUGUGGUUGUUAAUGGUGUUGCUUCAAGACCUGUUUUGGACGCGACAACCGGACCUGUGGAGAGCGACGUACGGAGCGCGCACGGCACAGACACUGUUACACAGCAAGCACCCACACCAGCAAACACCUUGCAGUCUUCUACGCAGCAAGCAUACGCCGCAGCCGCCUCAGCAGCUGGUGCUUUUUCUCCUCUUGUAGAUCAUGUUCAUCAACGGAUGACAGUGGGUGAGGUAACCUUCUCACCACCUGAAGAGCUCCAGCGCUAUGAUGGAGAGCGGCGACGGAUCUUCGUGAAGGACAAGGGCAAUCUAGGUGGAUCCCAGGGAAACGAAAUCCGCUUGGAGCUCAAGAAGGGCAAGGCGCGCGACCCCCUUUUGAGUCCAGGACAGUGGGUGGCGGCGUUGGUGGUGGACAGAACUCGCAAGGAGCGGGUUCCAAGGCUCUCAGAGUUGUCUGAGAACUCUGCCAUAGAUAUGGGAGACUGGCUGCAUGGUCUCCAGAACCACAUGGGCGACUUGUCCAAUGGCAGCGGGCUGUGGUGGAAGGCGGAUCCCAAGUGGUCACGGGUGGAUAAGAGGGCAGCCUCGAUGUUGCUUUUGAGUGCCCCGUCAAGUCUGCGUGAAGAGCUCGCCUCCAGACUUAGUGGAACUUUGGCCAUUUUGGCACGUGUGGUAGUCCUCUACCGCCCUGGAUCUGUGGUGGAAAGACAGCAAGUCCUGGCCUCUUUGGAGAGUCCGCCGCAGGCUGUCAAUGCAGCAGAUGCUGCGGCUUCUUUGAGACGCUGGUCGAGAUGGAUGUCAAGGGCGACGGACUUGGGCAUCCAGAAACCAGAUCCGAGUGUCCUUUUGCGCGGCUUGGACUCUAUGUGCAAGAAGCCGCUCCAGGAGCAGCCAGAGAUCUCUUUUCGCAUCAGCAUGCUUCGCUACAAUCUGGAGGUGGAUGUUCGUCCCACGGAAAAGGGUGUGAAGGACUUGCAUCAGGCUUUGGUCUCUGAGUUUGAGCAGGUAGCGUAUAGGGGGUCAACGGCCAGCAGUUCGCAGGUGCCCUUUGCGAAGGCAGUGACUACGAAUUUAGGCCCUCCUCCAGCCAAGGCAUCUUCAGAUACUGGAUCUCCUACGCAGCAAGCCAAGGCAAGGGGCAAGGGAUCCACUCCUUGCAAGUACUAUCUAUCAGAUCAGGGGUGCUCAAAGGGCAAAGCUUGGACAUGGUCGCACAACUUCACACGGAAGGAGAAGCAAGGCAGGUGUUGGGAGUGUGGAAGCCCUCAGCACCAACAAAGCGCAUGUCCUGUGAGAUCUGAAGGAAGACCAGCGGGUAAGGCAAAGGCUGCUUUGAAGGCAGCGCCUCCACCAGCAGCAUCUUCAACUGGAAGUGGAGGUCAGACAGCUACUUCGACUCCUUCGGCUCAACCUAUGGCAAGUUCUCCAGCCAUUGCUCUUCAGGCUGCGACUACUUCGCAAGUUGGAAGAGGGAGCGCAAGCGGCUCUCCUGAAGCUUCAGAUGUGCAAGUCAAACAGCUGCUCCAGGAGGCCAACGCAACGCUCAAGGAAAUGAAGCAGCUGAAGAUGUUGUCUCUUUCUUCUACGACUGUUGAGAACAUGGCUGUUGGGUGUCACUCCGCAUAUGCCUUCCCUUGCGGAGCUGGCUGGACCUCCACAUGUGCCUUCCCUUCCGGAGCUGCCUGGACCUCUGCAUGCGCCUUUCCUUCCAGAGCUGCCUGGACAAGCUGCUGCUGCAUGGUUGCAAUCCUCAAGAUGGAAGGACAGGUUACAGGUUUGCUGGGCUCUGGAGCAUCCCACCCGUGUCGAGUAGCGUUGCAGGAGGAGCUUGAGACUGCUAAGCGUGUUCGAGUUCAACUUGCAGAUGGAGGCGAAGUGGUCUUAGCUCAGAAUCGUGGUGGAACUCUCUUGGCGGCAGCGCCUAAGGAGGGAGAUUCGGCAACUCCUAUUGUUCCGCUUGGGGCUCUCGUUCAAGAUCUUGGAUGUGAUGUUUCUUGGACAAGAAAGCGUGGCCUGGAAAUCCGACACCCGGAGCAUGGCGUGAUCAAGCCCAAGGUUGUAGGUCCCUGCCCAGUCGUUGGAGAAGCCUGCGCUCUGGACCUCAUUAAGGAGCUUUACGGCAAGGGCAAUUUGGACAUGGGAUCAAGAAAAGGAGUGGUCGCAGCACUUGGACUCUUUCCUCACCUCAGGACAGAGAGCUUCUCAGCUACAAGCCUUAUCUGCGCAAGAUUCUCCGUUUAG